CGAAAACAAUUUGAAAACGAAUUUGCAGCCAGUUGGUGCUGUGAAAAACAAACACUCAAUACGAACACGAACAUUCACAACUGUCAAUGCAUAAAUUGUACAUAACUGAAGCACUUUAGUGAAGGGCAUUUGCCACUAUACUCAUUUACAAAGAGCAAACGCGUCGUAACAGUCCACAGCAGCCAUGUCUUUAACGGACAAAGAAUACCAAAACCUGAAUAUGAGCAUUAGCAAAGCUCUCAGCAAUGUUGAAAUGCCCAUCAAGGUCAAGCAUGUUCGUGCCGCCAUCAUCGGGACGUUUCACAGCAACGGUGGGCACGCGUUUUGGGCCAUAGCUAUCCGGCAACCGAUACAGGAUAAUCGGAUCGUGGCCUGGAAGUUCUGUCAUCUGCUGCAUAAAAUUCUGCGCGAAGGCCAUCAGCUAUGUUGUCAGCAUUCGAUGCGCCAUCGCGGCAUGCUACUGGAGGCUGGAAAACUGUGGGGUCACUUGAACGAUGGUUAUGGCAUCUGCAUAAAACAUUACACGAAACUGCUCGUUACAAAGCUGGAGUUCCACGACCGUAAUCCCCGAAUAAAGGGCGGCCUUUCGCUUCGGUCGGGCGACCUCGAAAAGAUCGGCGAAGGUGAUAUCAAUAUUUACUUCCAGCUGGCCGUCGAAAUAUUCGAUUAUUUGGAUGAUAUCGUCGCAUUACAAGCAACCAUCUUCAAAUCUAUCACGACGUUCUGCGUCAGUUCCAUGACUUCGCCCGGCCAGUGUCGGCUGGCUCCAUUGAUCCCUUGCAUACAGGAUUCAAAUCCGCUGUACGAUAUGCUGGUGCGCAUUAUGUUCAAACUGCACGCCAACCUGCCUUCGGAUCUGCUCACCGGACACCGGCAGCGCUUCGGUACACUGUUCCACCAGCUGAAGAUGUUCUACAGCCAAUCGCGCAAUUUGCAGUACUUCGUUAAUCUAAUAACCGUGCCGAAGCUGCCGGAAGCACCACCAAAUUUUGAGAUGCAAAGUGAUUUAGGCAACUACCAGGCUCCGGUUGUCGUGAUGCCUGACAGCGACCCAUGCGACAACGAACCAGAGCCGGCGGUGGAAAAUUUGAUCGACACGGCCGAAGCUGCGCCACCGAUACCGGAACUACCACAACAUAACAACCAUCAGCAAUCGGUUGCACCGGUAGUACCCGUGGCGCAGCUAAUGGAGCUGGAGCGUUUGAUCCAGGAGCGCGACGAUUUGAUACGACACCUGCAGACGGAAACCCAUCGAUUGUCAAAUCACGUUAAGUCGAUCACUAUCGAACAGAGAGACGUGCAAACGCGUAUGGAGGAGGAGGUCGCCGCACUGAACGUUCAGCUAACGCAAAGUCACGGCGAGCUUAUGAAUUUACGCUUCCAGAAGGAAGAGUUGGAACUACGGGCUCAAACUGCACCCAAUCUGGAGCAACGGGCGCAAGCGGAAGAAGAACGUGCGAAGACGAGUGAGGAGAAGUUCCAGAAACUUAAAACCAUGUACACGCAAAUUCGCGACGAGCAUGUAAAUCUUCUGCGGCAGGUGAAAGUUGAUCAAUACAAGAUCAACUGCUACGUGCAGCAUGGCGAAAUAAGCAAGCAACUGGCUACUUCUACUACCGCGGCAGCCGAAGCUAACAAAGCUAAAUCGGAGCUCCAGUGCCAGCUGGAAGAACUCGAACAAAAGCAGUCCUUGGUGCAGAACGCACUACAGCAAAGCUCGGUCGAGGCGCGCCAAGAGCAGGAAGCUAUCGCGGAACAGCUACAAACCAUGACACAAAAGUGCGAAUCGCUACAGAGUCGGUACGAUGAAAUGGAAGCCGCUCGGCAAGCCGAGAUAGCUGAACUACGUAUCGGACUGGAGCGGCUAGAGACCGAACUACAGACAUUCCAACACGAUCGCGAAACACUGUCUAACGAAAAGGGCGGCCUUGAGGAGCGACUGGCGGAAAUACAGGGCGAAAAGGAAGAACUGACCUUAAAAUAUCAGGAAUGCGUUGGCAAAAUUGAAGCCCUGGAGCUAAAGACUGAUCAGUAUGCAAGAGAGGAAGCAUCACUGCAGCAGAGUGUCUGUGAGAAUACGCAGAAAACACAAGAACUAUCUGAUCGUAUCGAACAACUUCUGGGGGAAAAUUGUGCUUUGGAACAAAAAUAUUCCCAUCUGGAAACAGCGAAAGCAGCGCAGGAGGAGGAAUUCAAUCGUACCCAUCAGGAGGAACGGAACCGCUACGAUUCGUUGCAGGCAGAGAUGAGCGAAACGCUUGGCAAACUUGAAACGAAAAAUGCGACCAUUGCCGACGAGCGACAGCAAACGUUGAGUCAGCUGUUGCUGCUACAAACGGAGUCCACCCAAAAACAGUCCGAUUUCGAGUCGCUAGAGCACGACCUCAAGUCUGUGAUCGAACAAAAGGAUCACGAACUGGAAGAGAUACAUGCCAAGUACCGCGAGCUGGAGGAAAAGUAUCAGGGUCUAGAUGCGAAUAUGGAACGGUCACUUUCCGAGAAGGAAACAAUUGAAUCUGAUUUGCAAGAUUUACUACACCAACAGGAAGAAACGGAACAGAGGUUACGAGCAGCGCAGGCGACAGUUGGUACGCUUCAGGCUGCCCUGGCCGAUAGUCGCAUUACUGGUGAAACCGCUUUGCGCGCCCUGCUGGAGGCUUGCAUAAAAUCAUCGGAAAAGCUUACAGUACGGGCCAUCGGUGAAAACGAAAUGCCGGGUGCCGGCGGUACCCCGACCUACUUUUUGAUGAUCGCCGAGGAGCUGCAGGAGGUGCUGACGAAACUGAAAAUGGUCCAUGAAAAUUAUCUGAAGGACAAUUCGACAAACGUUGAAUCGUUGGCUCGGAAAGUUAUCAUCGGAGCACAUUUAUUGGCGUCCGCCCACGUGCAGGGGAUGAUCAUUUGCAACCGGUCAGCAAACAUAGAGAGUGGUGAACGCAUAGCGGAAGAGAUCAAGAAGCUUGGCCUGUCAAUUACCAGUCUUUUCCAAGCGCUGCAAAAAACAAGCGAAUCUGACACGGUCAGUGAGAGAGUGAAGGAUUUAAAGCUAAAACUGGAACAAGUCACCACUAUGAUCGUCGACCUGGGAAAGCAAACGGAUGGCACCGAAAAUCUUGGCGAUAUGGUUGAAUCCGAACUUUCCAGCAUGGAUAAAGCCAUUGAAGAGGCUGCUUCACAGAUACAGGAAAUGCUAUCGAAAUCGCGUGCUUCCGAUUCUGGUAUAAAAUUAGAAGUCAACGAAAAAAUCCUCGACGCUUGUACGAACCUCAUGCAAGCGAUUCGACUGCUGGUGCAAAAGUCGCGGUUGCUGCAGUCAGAAAUCGUUUUGCUAGGCAAGGGCACUGCUUCGGCGAAGGAGUUCUACAAGCGCAAUCACCAGUGGACGGAGGGCUUAAUUUCAGCUGCAAAAAGUGUCGCCCAAGGGGCCAACUUCUUGGUGACGGCAGCGAAUAAAACGGUGGCCGGCGGAGCAAAACACCAGCUCGAUUUGGUGGUGGCUGCCCAGGAAAUUGCUGCCUGUACUGCUCAGCUUGUAGUGGCAAGCCGCGUGAAGGCACCGCGCACCAGCAGCAAUUUAUCCGCGCUGGGUACGGCUUCCAAGAACGUCACCCAAGCGACGGGAAUCGUUGUGGCCACCGCCAAAGAUUGCAGCCAACGGUUAGAAGACUCGCAGGAUCUUGAUCUCGGCACGCUGACGGUGCAUCAAGCUAAAACGAAGGAGAUGGAAAUUCAAGUGAAGGUUCUAGAGCUCGAACAAGCGCUACAGGUUGAGCGCAUGCGAUUGGCUUCAUUCCGAAAGAAAAACUACCACCAACCGGUCGAAGAGUAACAAACUUCCAAAUGACAUUACUACUUUUUCAAGAGAAAAAAACUGAAAUACGGGUUGAAACUGUCUAGGGAUGGCUGCUAGCAACUUUUACUCGUUCCCUAUAGAACGAUUUUCCAACAUCGAGUUUGUAUUAAAAUUGUUUUCGCUUUCAUUGGAUUAAACACUAAAGUCAGGUGCAUCUUUUACCGCACCACCGAUUUUUAAUAGAAUACAAUCUAACGCUCCCACCAGAUGCAAGCCAGCCGCGCUGCUGAAAGUGAAACAAAUCGUUUUCGAUGUGCCGCAUUGUACGCCCUCGCGAAUGCUAUGAAUAUUCGUAAGAAUGUCACUGUUAAUUUAUUAUUUACGCAGCAUCAUGUUUUAAAGUUUGUUUGCUGUCAAGAAUAUAUCAUAAUUACAUCUUAAUGAAGAAAUAAAAGCCACGGCAAU